AUGGAUCAACAAACCCCAGUUGUUAUUGGAGCAACUUCCACUUUUGAAAAACAGACUAAUAUCACUAAUGUCAUUGAUGCAAAUCACCCUUAUUAUCUGCAGCCUUCAAAUUCACAUGGAAUGACCUUGGUUCACUCCAGUUUUUAUGGAAAGGGAUUUCCAGGAUUGAGAAGGGGAAACAUACUGAUGCUUAAACCUUUACCUAGCAUGGAUCAUGCAUAUUAUAUGUUAUUACAAGAUGAAAAUCAAAUAGAGGUAUAUGUCAAUGCACAGAUCCCAUCAGAUUCAAGUUCAUUCAUGUUAGCAAAUCAAGGAAGGAACAUUCAAAAAACUAGAAAUCAGACAAGGUUGCAUGGUUUUCCUGAGGAUUUUCAAUUCCCCAAUCAAAAAGGAGAUGGAGCACAAGCAAAAGCAAAUGCAGGAAUAAUUGAGGAAGUACAAGAGAACUUUGUAAUGCAAAAUGAAUCUACUGCACAUGGUCUGAUGCAGUUCAGCAAGGAGCAGUGCACAGAAAUAGCAAAAAUGGUCCAUAAGCAGAUGCAGCUAGGGAAAACAAGCAUAUCUAAUCCAGAGAUCAAUGCCAUUGCUUGUGCUGGGGCAUCAGAACAUAUGUGUUUUGAUUCAUCUUCCCUUUCAUCAUUAAUUGCACUUCCUGUUCCAGUUAAUAUCAAUCUACCUAAUUCCUUUAGGAUAACUGUCACACAUACAGGAAGUGUACCCAUUCUACACAAUCUUACUCUUAAGAAUGUGCUCUAUGUCCUAGAUUUUAAGUACAAUCUCCUCUCUGUCACUAGGUUAUGUAUUCAAAUUAAAGACAAAUUUGAGGUUCAUGUUAAGAGAUUCACAUCUGACAAUGCUCUUGAGUUAGGAAGAGGUUCACUUGAGACAAUUUUUUUAAAAGAAAAGGGAAUUUUUCAUCAAAGAAGUUGCACUGCCACCCCACAACAGAAUAGGGUGGUGGAAAGAAAACAUAGACAUCUUUUGGAACUUGCUAGAGGACUAUUUUUUCAAUCUAAAGUCCCCAUAUCCUAUUGGGGUGAAUGUAUUUUGACUGCUACCCAUUUGAUAAAUAGAAUGCCUUCUAAAGUUCUCAAAGGGAAGAGUCCCUAUCAAAUGCUUUUUGGCAGAAAACCAUGUUACACUUCUUUGGAAUCAUUUGGAUGUCCAUGUUAUGCAUCUACCCUGUCCCAAGAUAGGGGAAAGUUUGAUGAAAGGGCAAGAAAAUGUGUUUUCUUGGGUUAUCCUACUAACCAGAAAGGAUACAAAUUUUUAGAUCUAGAGACGAAGCAAAUUCUGGUUUCCAGAGAUGUGCAUUUCCAUGAAGAAACCUUUCCUUUCAUGACAGAUGACCCUACAUCAUCCACAUCUCACACUCACUUCACAAAACCUGACAUAUCUAUUGAUUCAGACCCUCAAUCCUUUCUCCAUUUACCACAAUCUUAUCCUACCCCAUCAGAGACAACUACUGACCAUUCUAUCUCAUCACACCACCCCCUACACCUCAAGCCACGCCCAGUCCUAACCCUACACCAUCACCAUCACCUAAUCCUUCUACUUAAUCACAUAAUCCCAAUUCUGUUCCUACCAGAAAAAGUGAUAGACUUUCCCACCAACCUGUCUAUUUAA